UCUGCCUCAGUUUCGUGAAUUCUCCAUCAAGACGCUAAGGAACGCUAUUUCAGGUUUUGUUACAGAGAAUAAAGUAUCAAAGCAUGGAGAGAAAGCUCCCAGUGUUGUGUACAAAGAAAAACUUGAUAACCAAAGCGUAUUGCUGUCAGGAGGUUUAAUAGGAAAGCUUGGCCUGAUUCUCGUCAGUUUCUGGAGGAGGACGCUAAAGCUGUUGGGCAGUUAAAGGAAAUAUAGGAUGGCAAAUCUGCUUGGAUGUUGCUAUGAAGGUGAAGAGAGACUUCUUGUUGCUGAGUUUAUGCCUAGCGAAAUUUUGGCAAAACAUCUUUUCCAAUGUAAGAUAUGAGCUCUCUUCUCUGGUUACAUCCAAACCUUGUGUUGUGUCUCAGUAUGUAUGACAGAAACUGUUGAUAUGUUUCUAUUUCUCACAUUCAAAUCACUAAUGAUGGCUCCUCAAGACGUUAUUUUCCUCUCCGUCCUCAUUGCCACCAUCUCCAUCGUUGCAUCCACAGAAAGAUGCCAAUACACAAUAUAUGUCCAAACCGGAACGAGAAAAAACUCCGGCACAGAUUCGAUCAUAGGAGUUAUAUUCGCCGAAAAAGUCGUGUACAUCGAAUUUAAGGACCUAGCGAGUUGGGGUGAGACUAGAGAUCGAGACUAUUUCGAGAACGGUAAUCUGGAUGUUUUCAAUGUGACGGGGCGGUGUCUUCCCAACCCAAUAUGUUUUAUGAGACUAUCAACUGACGGCUCCGGCAACAAGCCCGGCUGGUAUGUUGAGUACGUGAAAGUAGAGAUGAGCAAGAUUGGAACUCCGAGCACUCAUCAGUUCACUGUGAAGCAAUGGCUUGCCCUCAGUGAGAAACCGUAUCAGCUAUAUGCCGCACGAGACGACUGCCCUUCUGUGACUCAAUCGCUUGAAUCAAUGAAUCCAUGAAAUAUAUCUUGUGAACGAUUAAUGGCGAUAUGUAUUUCAAAUAAAAUAAAGAAAAAAUUACA